GAAUAUCAUUUUGCCCUAGCACGAAACUUGAUGACAUUGGGCUCUACAUUGACAUGGAAGAAUUGUUCACAAGGAUGCAACUUAAGGAAUACUUCCAUGACAAAGAGAGCACUGAAACCACAAUGGAUUACAACAACAGGAAAAAGAACACUAAUGUUACUCCAGCAUCAGGACGAAAUGCCAAACUGGACAGUUACAUUGAAAGUUUCCAUCUAAGAACAGUAUCCUUGACAACCAAGCAAAACUAA